UUAUUAUCCAAUUGCAUUAAUAUGCAGGUAUAUGUUAUGCGGUUUUAGUAGAUGUCAUAGUUGAAUGUGCCUGGCAAACUGCAGAUAUCCCCGCAGCAUGCACGUUGCAGGGUAUUCUCUAAGCCACAGAUCUAUUCAUACUAGUUCAUGUCAACAAAUAACCCUCACAAUGGCCUCUCUCAGCCAUUCAAUAUAGUCUCGUGGGUCGAGUUCGGCAUAGCAUUCCUCAUAUUUGCCCGAUUCGUCACAUGCUGGAAGAUCAUCGAUCACUUCCCCAUCGACUUUCAUCUAGCGAUGGUGACAUUCAUACUCGGUACAGCAAGCAACGUGAUGCUCACAAUAGGCGCUGCAUACGGAAUUGGCAUCCCUCGAUUUAUCCUAACUUCAAACCAAAUAUACAACGCCCUCCUAUACGGCUGGGUAAACCAAUUCAUGGCUCUCCUCGUCAUCGGUCUGGGAAAGGUGACUAUCGUCGCCUUCCUGCUACAUAUACAAGGCUAUCAAACACGUCCUCGAACUAUAUUACUCUGGUUUAUCGCGAUCACCGGUCUCGUGAUAAACAUUAUUGCUGCAGUGUUAGUCAUGGUUCAAUGCUUCCCCAUUCAAAAACUGUUCGAUCCUAGUAUCCCGGGACGUUGUCCGGGACGGAAAACGUUGCAGGUAUUUGGAUAUGUGCAGGGUGCUGUGUCUGCUUUGUACGAUAUUAUGCUAGCCGUAUACCCGAUAUCGAUAUUUUGGGGCGUUCAGAUGUUCUCCACCUCGACUAAAAUAGGGCUUUGCAUGUUGAUGGGAUUCGGCAUAGUAGCAGGAGUCUGUGCCGCAAUAAAAACAGCCAAAUUGAGGCUUCUCACGGGCCCUUCCGAUUCAACGAGUACCAUGGCGGAAGUAAUCGUUUGGAAUCAAACGGAAAUGUGGGUUGUCUUCAUAUCGAGUUGUAUACCGCCCACGAGAAUAUUUUUUAGGCGUCUCUUUGAGAGGAGUAAUGCUGGCGUUCACUGUGCUAUUGAGCGGCUUAGUGGGUGAUAGGCUGCUUUUCGUUUAGUUAUACAUCACAUAUUAAAUGAGAGGUUUUUACGCGGUUUCUUAAUGAUAGGGUCAUACCUGUACUACGAAGAUGGAUAUAAGAAAUAAACAGCCAUGGCAGAUUGACUAACCUGCGUACCUGAAG